AUGGCGCAGAGAUUCGGAGCUUCCUCCCUCCACCAGCGUGACUCUCGCAGCGCGCUGUUCGAGGGCUACACGGGCGACCCGACGACGAUGCGACGGACGAUGACGGCAAGCCCCAGCAGCGGCUACGGCUUCCCCGCAGCCAGAUAUUCGCCCGCCGUCACCAGCAACGGUGGCGGCCACCUGACCGUCGACAGGCAGUCCGCCUCGUACCGGUCGGCGACGCCCAACCGCAAGGGCCAGUACAGCGAUGCGGUCCUGAACGAGCUCGAGAGCCAGAACGACUCCCAGGUCGAAGGUAUCCUGGGCAAGGUCAAGACGCUCAAGGAUAUGACCAUGGCCAUCGGUCACGAGAUCCGCGAGUCGUCGGCGCUCGCCGACAAGAUGAACGAUUCGUUCGACACGACGCGCCUGCGCCUCCGCGGCACCAUGAACCGCAUGCUCAUCAUGGCGGAACGCACAGGCGUCGGCUGGAGAGUGUGGCUCACCUUUUUCGCCGCCGUGGCCAUGCUAUUCACCUACGUCUGGCUGUUUUAA